AUGUCAGGCAACAAUCCUCACCCACACCUCAGGUAUGAGCAUCCUGCCACAGGCAAGAAUCCCAAAAGAAAGCCUAUCAGCUUCGAUGAGAUAGAGGAUAGGGACAUACAACGAAACCCAAAGGCCUAUGAUUCAACGGUUACAACACCGCAGCUUCCGUCAAUACACAUGGAACCCCGAUAUGACCCGAUGGCACAGGAGAAGUACAAUAGAGAACCGAUCCCAUGGGUUGAUCCCAAUGCUCAGUACAAGAAGACCUUUGAGCAAAGUAGAACUACCCCAAAACGCUCUCCCAUGCCAGGCCCUGCACCACGUUCACAGAGCCGUGGUCGCGCGAACAGUCAAGCUCCUACACCAGGCCCUGCACCUCGUUCACAAAGCCGUAGUCGUACGCAAGGUCGAGCUGCCACACCAGGCCAAGCCCCCCACGGUCGUUCACAAAGCCGUAGUCGCGCACCAAGUCGCCCUCCUACACCCGGCUCUGCACCUCGUUCCCGUCCGCAAAGUAGAGCUGGUUCACGGACCCGAUCCCAAAGUCGAGGACCGGCUAGGGCCGCAUCUAAAGGACCGUCUAGAGGGCCAUCUAGGGGUCCAUCAAGAGGGCCUAGAGGCGGUCAAUCUGGAUGGCGCGGAGGUGGCCGAGGAGGUAGUCGGGGACAUGUUGUUGGAGGUGGUAGGGGAAGAGGUCGUGGAAGGGGUCGUGGGAGAUAA